GCGGGGGCGGGCCCGGCGCGUCGGUGACAAGAUGGCGGCGGAGCCGGUGGAGCUGCACAAGCUGAAGCUGGCAGAGCUGAAGCAGGAAUGCCUGGCCAGAGGGCUGGAGGCCAAAGGCAACAAGCAGGACCUCAUCAACCGGCUCCAGGCCUACCUGGAGGAGCAUGCUGAAGAAGAAGCCAAUGAGGAGGACGUGCUGGGAGAGGAGAUAGAGGAGGAAGAGCCGAAGCCGGCGGAGCCGCCCGUGAAGGUGGAAGAGGCUCCGGUGAAAUCCCCCGAUGUGAUCACGGAAAAGAAGGUGGUGAAAAUAACAUCAGAGAUAUCCCAGAUGGAGCGGAUGCAGAAAAGGGCCGAGCGCUUCAACGUCCCCGUGAGCCUCGAGAGCAAGAAGGCGGCGCGGGCGGCGCGGUUUGGUUUGGCCACAACUCCCACAAAAGGCCUCUCUGCAGACAGCAAACCCACGAUAAACAUGGAUAAACUAAAGGAAAGGGCUCAGAGGUUUGGGUUGAAUGUCUCCUCACUCUCCAAAAAGAGCGAGGAGGAUGAGAAGCUGAAGAAGAGGAAGGAGCGGUUUGGAAUCGUCACGAGUUCGGCCGGAGCUGGAGCCACAGAGGACACAGAGGCAAAGAAGAGGAAAAGAGCAGAACGGUUCGGGAUUGUGUGAGGCCGUCCCGGAGCUCCUGCCGUGGGCAUUGACCGAAACCCUUCCCCUGGUGAAGACUUGACGUCCCAGGAUUGUUAUUCCCCGUGGGAUCCUCAUCCCGGAGCGCUGGGAAGGCCGUUGGGAGCAGCAGGGACGUCCUACCCCCAGUAACAAGCAAUAGUUCUACUUUUUGUAACGUGGAAAGUCUUCAAAAAUGCUGCUGUUCCCUGAGCAUUUCGGGGCCUCCGGGAAAUCCCUGCAAUGUUCCUUUCCUUCCCCAAAGGGCAGCUGAAAGCCACAGGAUCCAGGUGGGGCCACGGGAUCCAGGGGACACCCUGGGGUCCAGGGGACACCCUGUGUCCUUGGCUGUUGGUGUGUGGCUGAGCCCCAGCUUGGUUGCUCCUCCCCAUUCCCUGUGCUCCCAUUAUCCCAGUGUUUUGGUCCGUGUUUGGGAUUUCUCCUCCGUGUUUUCUGUUUGCCUCGUGGUUCCCCCACUGGCUGUUGACUUGGAAGGGUUUGUGGUGCCAGGGCAGACAUUCCCUCCUCGCUUUCAUAAUAAAACUCCUUCUCCAAGGCA